UUUAACUGUAACUAACAAUUGCGAUUAGAGAUUAGAGCGACUGCAAGGUCGCUAUCCACCUAAAUUCACUGCUCAAAAAAACCCCAUUUCUAUCGCCGGUCUCUCAAAAACCCUCACAGGGACCAAACCCUAGUUCAGCGACCAUGGCGACCAACACUCCGAACUUAGAGUGCCGGAUGUACGAGGCUAAGUACCCCGAAGUGGACCACGCGGUGAUGAUACAGGUGAAAAGUAUGGCUGACAGCGGCGCCUAUGUUUCGCUCCUCGAGUACAACAAUAUCGAGGGGAUGAUUCUCUUCUCCGAGCUCUCUCGCCGCCGGAUUCGUAGCAUCAGUAGCUUAAUCAAGGUGGGCCGAAUCGAACCCGUUAUGGUCCUUCGGGUUGACAAGGAGAAGGGUUACAUCGAUCUCAGCAAACGCCGGGUCUCCGAGGAGGAUAUUCAGGCUUGUGAAGAGAGGUAUAAUAAGAGCAAGCUUGUUCACUCCAUUAUGCGCCAUGUCGCGGAAACCAUGCAAGUCGAUCUCGAGGAUCUUUACAUCCAUGUUGGUUGGCCUUUAUAUAGAAAAUAUGGUCAUGCUUUUGAGGCUUUCAAGUUGGUUGUUAAUGAUCCAGAUUCUGUUCUAAAUUCCCUCACCCGUGAAGUUAAAGAUGUUGGCCCUGAUGGGAAGGAGGUAACUAAGGUGGUUCCCGCACUAUCAGAGGAAGUUAAAGAUUCUUUGGUAAAAAAUAUUAGGAGAAGAAUGACACCACAACCACUGAAGAUUCGGGCUGAUAUUGAGAUGAAAUGUUUUCAAUUUGAUGGUGUUCUUCACAUUAAGGAUGCAAUGCGUAAAGCUGAAGCUGCUGGUAAUAUCGAUUGCCCUGUUAAAAUUAAACUUGUCGCCCCUCCAGCAUAUGUUCUCAACACUCAGACUCUUGACAAGGAGCAAGGCAUAACUGUCCUUAAUCAAGCAAUUGCAGCUUGCACUGAGGAAAUUGAGCGUCAUAAGGGAAAACUCACUGUGAAGGAGGCUCCUAGAGCGGUGAGUGAAAGGGAGGAUAAACUCCUUGCUGAACAGAUGGCUAAGCUAACCCGUGAGAAUGAGGAGGUCAGCGGUGAUGAAGAUAGUGAGGAGGAAGAAGAUACGGGGAUGGGAGAAAUUGAUGUGGAGAACUCAGGACAUGGCAUAACAGAAUGAAUACUCCGUUUAAUCCCCAACUCAGAAGAUACACUUCCAAUAUUGAUGCAGCACUCUCCAUACUACUGGGUGGAUGUAUACAAUUUUGAAUUUUGUCAAGCAUUUUUUUUCUUUUUAUAAUUACCUGUUUCAUGUAUUCAUUUAGCAGUUUUACAAUGUCUUGCUGACAAGUAGCACAUUCUGGAGCUGUUUAUCUGCACAUAUGUUGUGCAUUUCUGCAUUC